UUUAAUAACUACUUCGAUUCUUCGAGAUAAUUGUUGGAUGAAUAGACAUUAUUAAUGCCUUGGAGUACACCUGGCUAUGAUAUUUUGGAAUGUAACGUGUAUUUGAGUCUACCAACAUGGAUAUCACACGCUAUUUCAAUCAGAUUUGGAUAGAAAUGAAACUCUGAGUUUUGUAUACAACGUCGUCUCAACACCUGUUUGAGUGCUGUAUAAUAAUAAAUAUAUUGGAGUAUACAAAAGCUUUUAGAAAAUUUUUGUCGGAUUUCAUCUCGUGUAAUGGUUCAUUAUCCUUAUGCCUACAAGCCCACGUUUGACAGAAAACGAUACGGGCAAUAGACGCGUUCGUAUCACGUUCAACGUAAGCGGAAGGCGCUUCCAGACAUGGCGUAGUACACUAGAACGGUACCCGGACACGCUGCUAGGAGGCGAGAUGAUGCAGCGAUUUCAUAAUUCUGAAACAGGAGAAUAUAUUUUGAACCGUGAUCCGCUGAUAUUUAAAUAUGUUCUGAACUUCUAUCGAACUGGCAAGCUGCAUUGUUUCUGGGGCUAUUGCCAUCAUGAAUUUUUGGAAGAACUGAAUUUUUAUGGCAUCCCAAUCGAGCUUGUUAAUAGUUGUUGUGAAGAUUUUCUAAAACGAGAGAAAACAGCACCUCAGCUUAAAAGUUCUUCGGAAAUAGCUCAAUCUGCUGAGCUGUACUUGGAGGGCUCUAGCGGAACUUUACGCGAAAAACUCUGGUAUUUAUUUGAGUAUCCCCAGCACAGUAUACUAGGAAGAAUUAUUUUAUACGUUGUCGGACUUUUUAUAUUGGCCAGUGUUGUUGGGACAGUCACAGAAACGGUGCCAUGUCCCGACAUUGCGUGUGGUUUGAAAUACAAAUGGGAAUUUUUUACGCUGGAAGGAGUUUGUGUCGGAGCAUUCACACUUGAGUUUGUAGCGAGAUUGUGGUCUGCGCCAUCGCGAAGCAUUUUCAUGAAGGAACUUCUUAAUAUUAUUGAUUUGGUAGCAAUAAUUCCUUUCUAUGUAACAGUGACGUUUCUACUUGCACUAGACGGAGGAGGAGGUGGGAGUUUGAAGUUGCUUGCAGCUUUAAAGGUUUUGAGAGUCGUGAGAGUUUUUAAACUUGCUAGACAUUCAGCAAAGUUAAGAGAGUUAGGAAUGACUAUAAAGAACGCUGCGCCAGAUUUAGCCUUUCUAUCGUUCGCUCUAUUCAUGGCGGUCCUACUCUUUGCAAGCGUUAUUUACUUUGCUGAAAAUGGAAAUGAUUCUCCCACGUUCAGUAGUAUAGUGGACGCAAUGUGGUAUACUGGAGUGACAAUCAUAACGCUCGGAUACGGAGAUGUAGUUCCGGUGACAGUAUUUGGCAAGAUAUUGGGUAGUAUGUGCUGUGUGUUUGGACUGUUUGUCGUGUCUUUGGUUGUCCCAGUUAUCCAGGAGAAAGAGAAGACGUGAAAAAACAGUAUUUCUAGCAGAGAAAUGGUUUUAAAAACAGUCAGAUCACAAGGUACAGUGUCGUGGUAGAUGGUAAUACACUGGUUGAACCCAACAAGUUUGUGGUGUAUUUUUGAAGACAAGUUUUGUUGGAAAUACUUUAAUGCUCUUGUGCUCCUGGCUUGGACUUUCGGGAGAUGGUUUCUAGUACAGGAACUACAUAUUAUUUCUGGAUGGACCGGACAGGCAGAUAAUAGAAAUAGCAAAGUUCGCAGCUUAAAUCUCAGCCUCGUGCUGGGAAUGACCGCAGGCCAAAUUUAGAGGAUAUUUGUCAUGGAUCGCAUUAAAGAAAGGUGACCAUAAUUCAUAUUGGUUCUCGUUAUUUUAAAUGAGCCAAUGGAUAAUUAAACAUUAAAUAUGACAGAAAUGUACAUAU